AUUUUUUCCCCUUUUUUCGGAUUUCACUUGAAAUUAAAACAUUCUAAACUCUUUAUUCCAUAAUGGAUGAUUUUGAUUUUGAUCUCGAUUUCACCGAAGAAAUUGACGAAAAAACCGAAGAACAGGGUGAGUUAAAUAUUAUUGAAAGUGCUAUAUCGUUGAGAGAGGUAGAAAGUCUUAGCUCUGAAGCCAACACUAUUAAGCUCAAGCCAUUUAACUUAGAUAAAAAUGCUAUUACCAGACUUUCCCCUACUAACCAGUAUACUUCCUUGAAAAAGAGUAGCGAAAAAGGAGAACAUGAGGAGGGCGAGCUAUCCGUUGAAGUUCUAAAUGUCACUGUUAAGAGAAAAGAUCGUACUCCAGAGCAGACAUCGACACGUUCUUCGGAAAGCUCUUCUUUUUGUCGCCGCCUAGACCGUAGAUCCGACCUUCUCCAUAGAACUGACCUGCACUUAAAAAAAAGUUUUUUGAUGGACUAUGACUUUCCCUCUAUUAACUCCGGUAAUUAUGAAGACGCUUGGGUCUCCAGCUACGAUAGAGCUAAAAGUUUGUUGUUAGCUGCUAAGAGAAGGCGCGAGCACGGCGAGGACCACCCACUAUCAUCAAGGCAACCCGAUAGGGACGCCAGUACAAAAGUUGGCAGCACAAGUCAUCUUUCUUCAAACUUGUUAAGCAGACUUUCAGUCAUGUUUCACACGCACACUCCUUACGGCAAAGAAGGCGCUCGCCUUAUUAAUAAGCCUUCUGUAAAUUUACGAAGUGAUGAGACGCACGAAAAAAAGGCUGUUACCAAUAGACUUAGUAAAACCGCUCACAUUAGAGAGUGGGAUAAGGGAAAAAACGAAUUUUGGAGCGACACUGUCGCCACCAGUGGUGAUUAUAUAGAUAGCCGAGUUACCGCUGAGGGCCCCCCAGUCAAGACGAGACUUGCAGAGUCCACAGAAAAAAAGCGUCGCAACAUUGCUGUGAACAAAAAUGUUUCAGAAAGUCAUAAUAAAUCUCUUGGGACAGAAAAGUACAAGCGAUAUAGAAGACGCAAGGAUAGAGGUUAAUAAGUCAAAGAUUGAGGAACCUUUGCAAUAUUACUCGUUAUAACUUCUUGGCGGCUUUGCUCUGCUUUCUCCGUUUGCUUUUACCCCUUCCCAAUGAAAAAAAGUACUUAUUAAAAAU